AUGAAGGCGAAUACCGGACAUCUGGCUUUGGUAGCCGCCGCCCUGACACCUGCAAUCGCAUCCACAGCGAACAGCCAAGGGUGCAUCGAAGAGAACGGCAACUGGUAUUGCCAGCAGACCAAUGCAAUCACAUAUUCGAAUUUCGGCCAGGCAGGUGCCUACAGUAAAAUCACAGCCAUGGACAGCGAGUCCGGAACUUGCUCGUCACAAAGGCAGACUUAUAAGGGGGGACUGGCGCCUCUGGACGAUGAAGUCAGCUGGCACUUCCGUGGGCCAUUGCGAUUGAAGCAAUUUGGAUUUUAUACCCUUGGUCAAGCUGGACCUGUGAGACCAAGAUCGGACGGGCACCAUAUGAGUGGUCCGGUGUCGCACAGGAGGCGGCAUACUCAUCACUUUCUGCAUCAGUUGCCAGAAGAAACCAGGGUCGAGCCGGAGGCUGAUGCUGUUGCAGUUGCUGGCGUGGAGAACGCCGACCAGAUACCAAGCGAGAUGCUUGAGGAGCGAGGUGUUGGCGACUGGGUGACAGUUACUAUGGAUGGCAAAGUCGUCAGCUGGAUAAACCAAUACAGUGGUCCAGCAGUGGCGGCCGCUACAUCCGCCCCCUCAGCAACAGAGACCCAGCCAAACUCGCCACCAUCAGCCGGCGAUGAGCACAGGGGAGCAGACCCGGAUUCCUUCCACAAGCCUGAGCCUUCUGACGACAAACCUGAGGCUCAGGCUCAGCCUUCGAUUGUCACGAGCACCAUCUCGCUGGAUCCGCCGCCAUCUCCCGCUGAGCCCUCUCCGGCUGAAGAACCCGAAGCGAACAGCGAUGGCGGCACCUGGCUCCGUCAGUCUUACUACAACUCCGACUCACCUGAUACUACCGAGAAUAUUGCAUUCCUUGGUAACCACGGUGACCCAUCAUGUAGCGGCACGUUCGGCUACAAAUUCGGCCUCUCCCAAUCGUACCUUGCCUCCGACGGCCAACAAUGCUCACCCAAUGCACAGCCCUUGUCGGACGUCCUACUCCCAGACAACACCGAGAUCAGCUUGUUCACAAACGCGCCAUGCACCACCGAUGACCCCUGCCCGUACUCCCGCCCAGGCAACAUCGCGCAUCACGGCUUCGGCGGAGCCUCCAAGCUCUUCCUCUUCGAGCUCUCUAUGCCCCUUAGCGGCCAACGUGGCGGCUUGAACAGCGACAUGCCCGCCGCGUGGAUCCUCAACGCCGAGAUCCCGCGGACGCUGCAGUACGGCAACGCGGAGUGCUCGUGUUGGGAGAGCGGAUGCGGGGAAUUCGACAUUAUGGAAGUACUGGAUCCAGGAAACGCAAAAAUGAAAAGCACUUGGCAUGGGCAAGGGGCUGUGGGGGAUAGUGAUUGGUUUGAGAGACCGACGGGGGACAGUAGAAAGGCAGCGGUGGUGAUGGAUGGGCAACAAGGGAGUGUCAGUGUGCUUUGGUUGGACGACCGGGUGGACUUUGGGGGCAGUAUGGGCGUCGACGAUGUGGAGGGUUGGUUGAGCGGAAUUGGAAGUGAUAGUAGUGGUGUUCGGAAAGUAGUCAAGUUGGGAUCAGUGUGA